UACCCUUCUUUGAUUCCCACACACGCCACCCCCCCCUUUUGGCUUCACGCUCUCAUCAUCUAAAUCCUUUUGUCUCUUACGCACGCCACGCUUCACUUCUUCAUCAUUGAGCAUAUGCUGUUCGAUGAAAUGAUUGAUCGUCUAACUUGCUAAGUAGAGAGUGAGAGGAGGCACCGCCGCAACCGCAUUCCAUGGCUCUCGAGAUCGUAGCGCCGCCGCCAUUCUACCUUUCGGUCUCCACCUGCGACCUCCACCCCGACCAGACCGUCACGGGCUUCUGCGCUUCCUGCCUUCGUGAGCGCCUCGCCAGCCUCGACGUUACCCCUGGCUGCCUCUCCACGUCUUCCGUCUCCGCCUUCAGGUCCGUCUUCCCCAGGGCCUCCGCCUCCAAUCCCCCCUCCUUCCUCCGCCCCGAACUCCGCCGCUGCAAAUCGUUUUCCUCCGCCCGUUGCGCCUCCGGCUUCGAGACCGAGCGGAAGUCCUGCGACGCCCGCGGCCGCUACACCCUCUGGUCCCUCUUCUGCGAGGACGAAUUGGAUCGCGGCCAUCAGCCCUUGGCUCCCUCGGCAUCUGCAUCGGUGGAGGGCGGAGGGACCGAGGCCCAGUUCCGGAACCUCUGGUUCGCCCCUUCUUCUUCUGGUGCGGCCCCUCCGCUCAAAACCUUCGGUGAGGAGGACGACGCGGAUGAGAUCAGGGCGGCGGAUCCCAUGAUCCAUGUGGGAUCGUCAUUGGAGAUGGACCGGGGGGAGCGGCUUGAGGAGACAGAGGUGAAGCCGAUGAAGGACCACAUAGACCACGAGUUUCAAGCGAAGAAGCCUCCUCACAAAGACCCCAAGAAUAUCGCCGACAGCUUCUGGCUCGCCGCCUCCGGAUUGAGCAAGAAGCUUCAGAAGUGGCGGAGGAAGCACAAGGACAAGAAGCAAGGCGGCAUAGCUGCCGCGGUAGCUACGCCGGCUGAGAAGCCGCCCAAAUCCUCCCAUCGGCUACGCGACACGCAGUCGGAGGCGGCCGUGGACGCGUUUAGCCGGAGAUCCUGUGACACCGACCCGAGGUUCUCCCUAGACACUGGUCGGAUGUCCUUAGACGACCCGAGAUUCUCGUUGGACGAGUCGAGGGCCUCGUGGGACGGCUACUUGACCGGAGGCCGAUCAGGGUUCGCUCGGCUGCCUCCCAUGUUUGCCGUCGUUGAAGACGCCACCGCCGCUGCGAUCCUCCGACCGGAUAGCCUGAUCCCCGUGGAGGAGGAUGCUGUCGCCCCUGGCGGGUCUGCACAAACUCGGGACUACUAUUUGGACUCCUCAUCCAGCCGUCGCCGGCGAAGCCUUGACCGGUCCAAUUCCAACUCCAUCCGAGAGCAGCCUUUUGAGGUGAAGCCUGUUUCCAUUGCGCGAGUCUCCCCUGCUGGUAGCGCCGAGUUUUACCAUUUCCACCAUGCCAAUGUACUUGAAGACCGGGAAUUAAGAGAUUUGAGUUCAAAGUCUCUCAGGAAUGAGUGUUUUGGGAGAUUAGAUGCACCUUCUGCAGACCUUCAUGAGGGUUCUGCCACAAAGAAGUCCAGGAAAUGGAGCAAAGCAUGGAACAUUUGGGGGCUUAUACAGCGAAGAAGAAGCAGCACCGGAGGUAGGGCAGACAUGGUGGAGAGAUCCUUAUCUGAGUCCUGGCCGACACUAAGGUCUCAUCCGGGUUAUAAUGGCAGAAUUUUACAGAGCAACAGCAGUGUAGGCUUCAGGAGAUCUUUUAGUGGUAGUUUUGGCUAUGGGGGUGUGAGCCGGAGCAGUCUGGAGAGUAACAGGCACAGUAACAAAAGGAGGGAGGAGCUUGUGCUGGAGAGGAAUCGAAGUGCUAGGUACUCUCCGAACUGUGUUGACAAUGGUAUGCUGCGGUUUUACUUGACACCAGUGCGGAACAGCCGGAAGCAUGGAGGGUCAGGGAAGGGUAGGGUUAUUAAUUCACACUAUUUUAUAAGGAACAUGCUAGGAUUGUAUUGAGCUAGUAAUUUACUCCACAAGGUACUAGUUCUUCAUUAACUUCAUUUUUUUAUUUUGUUAGUGCAUGUGAUACUUGUCAUCGAUUGCCCAAUUUUUUAUGCUCUAUAAAAAAAACAGUAGUUCCUGUCUCUCCUCAUCAGUUGCACAGCUGCAAACUGAUAUCAGAUUGCAGAGGAUAAGUAACACCAGAAAUUUUAAUAAACUUGGUCAUUUUUUUCUUAUAUUAAUCUUAGUAUUUAUACAGUUGGGAGUUUUAACUGCUAAACAGCUGCCUUUUGACAAAUCUAUCGUCUUCUUACUGGUACUGAUAAACUUCGCAGAGGAGCUAGUGAUAAAUUUCUGAUGAUUAUACCAGUUAUUAGAAAAUAUAUUGCGCUUUAAAUUCUCAUAGAGGAGGUAGGCUGUUGUAAUACCUUUUCGGUCACCAUUAUUUCAUUGCAUUUGGUAGAAGGUGCUAUUCAUUACAAACUACCCACACUUGCAAACAUUGCAAUAAUGGUCAUCAUGGUUGUCACAACAGCUAUUAUGUUGACUUUGGAGGGUCCAUUAUUUUAUAUACAUGCAAUAACAUCAAUUUAAAAAAGAACAUCCAAAACAACCCAUUUUGACAUUGUAUCAAGAAAAUGCUGUUAUCUUUCCUUUAUGGAGACCAUUAUAUAUUAGGAAUAACAGUUGUAUAAUUUUUUUUCACUAUAUAUCAUAUACAAAUUACAUGUAUAUGACAUGUAAAGUGUUUUAACAUUAAUCAUAUCAUUGAUGUUGACAUGUAAAGUGUUUUAUCAUAUCAAUUUAAUUAUGACAUGUAAAGUGUUUUAACGUUAAUGUUGUCCAUAGCAAUCACUAUUUUCUAUCUUUCCCAACAUUCCUAUUUGUUAUUUGAAGCCAGAUCUUCCUUUUCCUUCAAUAUAAUAGUUAGCUAUUCUGAUGGAUGCACGUAUCAUUCAAAACAAUCAUCAAAGUGGGUUGGGAAACUUAAAUUCUCUGUAGUAACCAUCUGUCAUUUAGUAACUUAUAAUGUCAUUUGAUCAACUGUUGUACUCGCAAUAUCAAGUCUUUAAAACCUAGCUUCCUAACUUAAAAUUGCCUUGCAACAUCAGUCGACAGUCACCUUCUUCUGUUUCCUUUAUAUCUUUGGUAUGAGCUUAUGUUAUAUCCUAAAAGGUCUAGGUGCCAUCCAGUUAUAUGUCACUACAAUUGCUGGCUUUGAGAGCUCAGCAAAUCAGAGUGCAUUAUGUAGACUGCGAUUAUGAUAAGCUGACAACUUUUGAUCCUUCAUGUUCUACAGGGACUCCAUUUUCUUAGUUCAGAUCAUAAAACUUGAUCUGUCAGGGGCCCUUCCAUCGGAAAAGAAAAUGAGGAAUAGCAGGACAAGUUUCAGGAACAAUAGAAAUUUGUGACAUAGAGAGAUUGGUUUGUAGUACUGUACCAAAUUAUUCUAGUUUUGGAUUUAUUACAUUAGGUCAAACGGUUAUACUUCUUCAAUUAAAUGAUGUACCAAUGGGUAACCUAUUCGAGCAAAAUGUUAAAAUAACUUUUUCUUUUCAUUUAUGACAUUAGUUUUCUGAUUGAAGGUUAAAAAUAAAUGAACUCUGCUAUUCUCUCUCAAGCUUAAGGCAAAAGUUUAAUUUAUUGUCUUGCACUUAAUCAGAGAAUAACUUCGUAUACACACUUGAAAGCAAACUUGAUUAUUGUACACCCCAUUUUCUUGUCCAGUUAUUCAUUUCAAGCUAAAAAUUUUAGGUAUUGAUGUUUUUUUUUCCUGCAAAUUAACUUACUAAUUUAUGCUUUCAGGUGAGAUCACAAAACAUCAGUCCAAUUAUGCUUAGGUCUUCAGGUUGUGUUAUCUACCGUGACUAAACACAUAAAGAUUAUAUGAAAAACCUACAUAUAUCAUGGUUGUCUGCAUCUUCUAUUCAGCAAUUUGUGUUCCAGUCAUGGUUACUCAUCCAAAUGUUGGACUGGAUAUAUAAAGUCAGAAUGUGAAAUGGUUUGGAUGCCUGAUACUGCUGAUUUUAGUAGAAUGGAUUACCUUUGAAGAUUCUCGAGGUCUCAGAAUAAUGGAGCAUCAAUCCUCUAUGUUGGCAUUUAUGUCAUAGGACAUAUCUUUACCAGUACGUCCGAAGCAAAUAACCUUCUGUUGUCAGAUGUCAGAAAUCUGCCUAAUUUUUCAUCUUAAAGAUGAUGUCAUCUAGAAGAGAAUCUGUUGUUGGCAUUGAGAGGAACAAUCUUGUUCUUCCAUUGUUUGCUUGCCAUUUCUGCAAAAUUGUAAAGACUUCCAUCCGAAUUGUCUGAUCUAGCUUGUGCUUAAGAAAUGCAUGUCAUCUUGGCGACCGAUAUUGACAAGAAGCUGCUUUGGAACAUGCUAAAAGGCAAUGGUCAAAGAUCAACCGUGAUUCACGGUAAUGCACUUAUUGUCUAUUCAGAUUGGACGCAGGAGUUGAGGAUUUUCUCCUUGCAUCCGGCUGAAAAUGUUUCCAUUUUAAUUUGUACUGGGGUUGAGUCCCAUCAAGAAAAACCAGAUCUGAGAGGUUGGAGUUAAAGAUGCAAUCUGAGAUGUCACUGCUUACUUUCUUUGUCUAAAUCUGUUAUGAAAUGUUGCACCAAAUCAUGAAAGCUGUUGGGCUUUGUUCUGGAUGUAAAAUCUAAUUGUUGUGUCAACUACAUGGUGAUAGAUAGGAAUUGUACUUGUAUGUGUUGUGGAAAGUAAUCUUGUUUUCUUGGGUUGAAUAAACAGGACAUGAUCAAUAAACUUUGCUCUUAAUUCA